AUGGGCGCCGCGCCAGCCGCCCUCGGCGAUGCGGCCGUGAUCGACUCGCUGUCUAAAUGGAUCAAGUCGACGCUCGCGCCCAUCUCCGACGCCGACCCCGCGGUGCUCGGAAAGUACGUCCUCGCGCUGCUCAAGAAGGAUGAGCCUCUCGCGGUGCUGCGCGCCAACUGCGCGCGAGAGCUGGCGGACUUCCUCGAGGACCAGACCGGCGGGUUCGUGGACGCGCUCUUCGCCAGGAUCGAUCACGAGAUCGAACGACACGACGCGCGCGCCGCCGCCGCCGAUACGGGCGGCACCGCGGAGGAGGACGAGGUCGACUACGGGGAGGGAUCGUCGGACAGCGAGGAGAGCCUUGACGAGCGACCGCGAGGUCGACGCGAGAAGGAGAAGGACGACGCCGGCGUCGACGACCGCCGCGACGAGCGGCCGGGUUCCGGGCGAUCGGACGAUCGGCGCGAGGGACGCGAGAGACGCGCGAGAGACGCGCGGGAGGAACCGGAGCGGCGACGAGGGCACAGAGCGCCCGGGUCCAGAUCUCCGGGCAGGUCCAGAUCGGCGUCGCGCGAUCGGGGGUAUCGAGGAGCGCCGCGAGGAGCGCGCCGGACCCAAGACGACUGGGACCGCCGCGGGAGGACGCCGCGAUCCCCCGAGGGAGGGCGGUUCGACGGUCGCGACCGUCGACCGCCGCCGCCGCCGGGGCCGCCGCCGGGGCCGGGGCCGCCGCGAGAUCGCUUUGCUCACGUUCCGCCGGUGAGUCACCGCCCCAAGGUGGCCCCGCCGACGUACCCGACGCCCCUCCCGGAGGACGCCGCGCGCGAGAUUCCCGAGCCCGCGGAUGGCACCGUGCGCUCGGUGUUCUUCAUGGCGCCGGAGAGGGCGAGGAAACAUUUCGAGAGGUUUCACCGGACGGAUUUCGCCGUCAAGCUGUACGACUUUUACUCGCAGUUUGGCGUCGUCGAGGACGUUCGGCCGAACCACAAGAGGUUUUACGCCACCGUCGUCUUCGAGGACGCGGAGAGCGCGCGAAGGGCGGUGCGUUAUCGCAGGGUGCUCUUCUGGGGCAAGGAGUUGCAAAACGUGGAGACGCGGUGGGCGCUGCCGGAUGAGGAGGUUGAGCGCCGGAGGGAGGAGAAGAUUAAAGCGUCGGCGGAGGAACGGGAAACCGCGGCGAGGCGACGGACGGAGGAGGCGGAGGAGCGCGAGCGGAAUCGUCAGAAGGCGGUCGAGGCGCUUCGGGUGAAGUGCGAGGCGGCGCGCAAGCUCGCGGCGAUCGAGGCGGAGAAGCGCGCGCUCAAGGAGAGGCUCGAGGCGGCGACGGCGCGCAAGACGGCGCACGCUCACCCGGCGAAGAAAAAAGGAAACGUCGCGGCGGCUGCUUCGAAAUUGGAGCGGGACGCGAGGGAGCUGCGGGCCAAGUACGAGGCGAUGCUCGCGGCGAAGAAGCGCAAGGCAGGGACGGAUGGGGACGAGGCGAAAGGGAACAAGCGGGGCAAGAAGUGAGCGAGUAACCGCGUCGGGCGCGUUUUGAAUUCGAUCGGUGAAAUUUUUCACUC